UUGGGUUUAGAAUCAGAAACUGCUGCUGCAGAUAGUCCGGGAAGAAAGUAGAAAUGUGGAGAUCCAUUUUCUGGAGAUCGCAAAAUGCGUCUCGUAAUCUCGCCGUCACUCGAAUCUCGAAGAAGAAGAAGACUCCAUCGCUACCCUCACUUUCCAGAUUCUCAGACGUCAAGUCGUCUGCAAAUGCUUCAGCCCGAAACCUGAGGUUCUUCUCCGCGAGUCCUAAGGAGGAAGAGAACCCAGUCUCGUUACCUACGGAUGAGAUCCCAAUAUCUUCAGCUGAAGAGCUUACUCUUGAAGGAUCGAAUGCUUCCGAUUUGGGUUCCGAAAGUGGCGAUUUUGGUGUAAAUGGUACUUCCGCAGUAGCCAUUGGAGGUGAUGGUGAAGAUGGAGAUUCAGGUAUUGUUUCAAUUGAAGCUUCUGACGACGGAUCCACUGUAGAAGUCGGGGAUUCUCGGGCUGACGAGGUGUACCAAUUUGACGACGAGAAGUUAGAAUCUUUGCUAUCAUUGUUACGGAGUGAUGAAGAGUCCUUGGAGUUUGGUCUUAAGGCGCUGGAUGUCGAUUUACACAUGGAACUUGUGGUCAAAGUGUUUGAAUCCCCAGGGAUUUCAGGUAAGAAUUUGAUUAGGUUUUUGAAGUGGGCAACUAAUAAAGAAGAGAUUACUGUUACCACAUCACUUGUAGAGUCUCUUGUUGUGGCAAUAUCUGGUGAUACACGUAGAUUGGAUGCUUAUGCUUUGUGGGAUUUAGUUAAAGAGAUUGGUGAGAAGGAAGAUAGUAGUGUUUUGACUCUGGAGAUACUGAAUGGAUUGAUAGCCUUGUUUGGGAAGCUUGGCAAAUCCAAAGCUGCUUUUGAUGUGUUUAGUAAAACGGAAGAGUUUGGCUUUACUCCCAAUGCAAAAACUUAUUAUCUGACUUUGGAGGUGCUUUGCAAGCGGUCGUUUAUGGAAUGGGCAUGCUCUGUAUGCGAGAAAAUGAUUAAGAGUGGUGUGUUACCAGAGGGACACCAGAUUGGCAACAUCAUCACUUGGUUUUGUAAAGAAGGGAAAUCCGAAGAGGCUUAUUCGGUUUACGAAUUGGCAAAGGCGCAAGAGAAAAUCCCGCCUCCUAACUCUGUUGCUACUCUGAUAAGUGCGCUCUGCAAGAAUGAUGGGACUGUCGUGUUUGCUCAGGAGAUGCUGGGAGAUUUAUCUGGAGAAGCUAGGCGACAGGGGAUAAAACCGUUCUCUGAUGUUAUCCGUAGUUUAUGCAGGCUUAAAAAUGUAAAAGACGCUAAAGCUUUGCUUUUGGAUAUGAUUUCUAAAGGGCCUGCUCCUGGAAAUGCGGUUUUCAAUCUGAUUGUCCAUGCUUGUUCGAGAACCGGAGAUCUGGAUGAAGCAAAAGAGGUUUUGAAGUUGAUGGAGAGUAGAGGCUUGAAACCAGAUGUGUACACAUACACCGUCAUCAUUAGCGGUUAUGCUAAAGGAGGGCUAAUGAAUGAAGCUCAAAAAUUUCUAGCAGAAGCGAAAAAGAAACAUAAGAAGCUUAGUCCUGUGACGUAUCACGCACUUAUCCGAGGCUAUUGCAAGAUUGAAGAAUAUGAUCAAGCUCUGAUACUUUUGAAUGAAAUGGAUUGUUUUGGCGUGAAGCCUAAUGCCGAUGAGUAUACUAAGCUAAUACAAUCAUUCUGCCUCAAAGCUCUGGAUUGGCAAAAAGCAGAGAUGCUGUUUGAUGAGAUGAAGCAGAAAGGCUUGCACUUGAAUGCGAUUACGCAGGGGCUUAUAAGGGCUGUUAAAGAGAUGGAAUCUGAAGCCAAGGUAACCGAAAAUGGUAACUCACUUGCUGCAGCAUAGAAUCUGAUCCCAACCGAUAUUUGUCAUUGUUCUAUCUCUUGGUUUGAAACCUCAGAAGAUGAUACCUUGUUUGUUCUUUUGUUACUGGAAUUAUCUUUUGUACUCCAGCAUUCUCCAAUAACUAUAAGCCUUCACGGUCAUUGUUCGGUUUGCAUUUGGUUUUCGGUUCAAUUUUUUUUUUUUUUUUUGCUUUUGUUUUGAAUAGUGUGUAUCAGUUUACCCAUGGUCAUAUUUCGCUUGCAUCUAGCUUCU